GCCGGCUAGUGUUGCAAAACACCCGCGCACCGGUUGCUUGUAAACAAACGAAAAUUGCAUUUUUUGUCUAGAAGUUUUAUUGAGAAACCUCACAGCAUGCUGCCAUUGCGACGCAGCUGGAGCCUGGCCAGGUUCAACUACAGCACCAAGGCCAGGAAGGAGCUGGUGGCCCGCUACAGCGCCGAGUUCCCGGCGAAACUCAUCAGCCGGAAGCAUAAAGCGCCCGCCCACAUGUAUGUGGCGAAUGCGGAGGCUGCCAAUAGGAUUGGGCAGUACUUGGAGCCGCAUUUGCAGGGCUCCGGCUGCGACACUGUCAUGGAACUGAAUCCCGGAGCGGGUCACUUUACCCGGCACCUGCUGGGCAGGGAAUCCCAGUUCCGGCGGAUUUUGCUGCUGGAAAGCAUGGAUCACUUUAUGCCCCGUCUGCAGGAGCUCCAUGCUUUGUAUCCCGAGCGGGUAAAGGUGCGCCAGGGCGACUUUGUCAACCUGUGGAAGCUGGUUUACAUGGACAAGAUGGAUGGCGGUACCAGGGUGUCGGAUCUCCUCAACGAUGUUCCUCAACGUGCCUUUAAUGAUGAUAUCAACAUGCUGGUCUUUGGCGCCGUGGGCUCCUAUCACUUCUUCAAGCACCUGAUCAACUCGCUCAUCUUCCAGACCAGCCUUUUCAAUCUGGGACGCUGCGAGAUGAUUCUCGCCAUGCCGCCGCCCAUCUACAUACACCUGACCUGCACCAACGAGAUUGGCUACCUCAUCUACCGCUCCACCAGCGUGCUGUUUCAGAUUCUGUUUGAACACCAGUUCAUUGCCAAGGUGCCACGCGAGGAUUUCCUACCCAUGCAGACCGACUAUAACCCCAGAAAGGGCAGCAAGCUUGUCAAGGUGCGGUCCAUCAAUCCGGAGUAUCUGUACCUGGUGAAGUUUGUACCACGCCGCAAUCUCCAUGAGCUGUGUCCGGUUCAGGAUCUACCCGCCCUCUGGUUCUUUAUCAAGCAGAAUUUCGUGAGCCGUCGCAAUCGCAUAAUCCCUAAUUUAGAGAAGUGGGUGCCCGGCUGUGGACCGCGCCUCAUCAUCAAUCCAAAGGCCCCUAAACCCGUAAAGCCCACCUAUCCGGACGAGUGGCCCCAGAAGCUGCCGCAGUACUCCAGCCAGAGCACCUCGAUGAGCCUGAAGAACUACUAUCCGGCCAUCAAUAUUUACACCCAGUUUGGCGAUCUGCUGCCCAGCCAAAUGCUGACCCUGUUCAGCCAGUUCCGACAGUGGCCAGAGUAUGGCGAGAGCUCGUUCCUGGCCUCGCUGGAGAAUGCACUGCUCAAGCUGGAGACUGCCAACGAUGAACAGAACUUGGAGGACGGCGUCACGUUGCCCGAGGAGGAUGACGUCGAUGCAGACGAGCUGCUUGAAGAGGAAAACCCUGAAGUUCCCGCCUCUACCAAAGCCAAGAGCCGGAGUAAAUCCAGCUCCUAGUUAUAACAAU